UGCAACAUUAUCACGGUUUUUUCCAACUCUCCUCAACCAAACCGACCAUGUCUUCUACCAAACGCAUAACGAUGCCGCGCCGCACACAAGAGUUUGAAAUAUCGGGCCCCCAAUCGUCGGUGAAAAAGCCACAAACCCGUGUCAGCCGCAUUGCACAACCGGUCCGCAAAUCAAGUAAACUAUCCGGCUUGGGACAGUUUGGUGAAAAUGGUCGAUCUCGUUCGGUAGAACGCGGACUAAACGGACCUCCGCUGGCGGGACCGUCAACUGCGACGAAAAAAUCGCUAAACCCACGCAGUAGCAGUGCAACACCUCAGGUACGCACCCCCUUACGGCACAUGGCUCACGGGGGACUGAACGCGGACAACAUCCCAUCAUUCACCAUUCCUUCGACGGUGGAACGCGAACGAUGCCCGGUAGAGGCACGCCAAAUAUUCGACUAUCUAGCGCAGGCAAACGUGCCCGACCUGCCGAAAGAGUUUAUCGAUCGCGGUAACAUAAAAGCGAUGUCGAUGAAACAAUUUCUCAUCAUCAUGGCACAUCUGUUGCGACAGAUCGGUGGCAGCCGGUACAAAAUCGGAACCAACUUCAUCGAUGACAUCAUGAAAGCCAUCACCGAGCUGCAGUGUCCGUUUACGGUGAACAAAUCGAUGCUAAAAACACCGAGCGCACCACACUCGAUUCAUCAGGUGGUAACGAUGCUCUGCUGGCUGAUACAGCUCGCCGCACCGCCCGUUUUACCAUCGGAAUGGGCACCAAACUAUCAUCAGGCGCCCGAUUUUCCUUCCCCGGACUAUACGCAGUUUUUCUUCCAAUCGGCAAUCGAAAGCUUUCAUCUGUGGAAUUUGAAGCGUGAGGAAGAGUUUGGCGCCCAGGUCGAAGCCAUGGCGGACCGGUUGGUGGCGGACAAAACGGGUGGAUUGACACAGGAGCAGGUUCGUGCCCGGACGGAACAAAUUCAGAAACAGCUGGCAGCUAUCGACGCCGACCGAUCGAAGGGUCAAACACGUGAACAAAGCUUUGACGGCAUUCAGCGAGAAGUUCAAGAAAAGCAACGCACCGAAAAGCAGCUAGCGGAGGAAACGAAACAGCUUGCGAAAAAGUACGAACACCAUGAACGGGAGUACUAUCAGCGGCAGGAUCAAUACUACGACUACGAGAACGCUAUCCACAAACUGAAAGAACAGCUGGCCCGGCAACAGAUGACGACAAAGGAACGGGACGAACUGCAAAUGUUAAUCGCACACAGCCGGAACCUUAUUGCUGCGAAGCGCAAUGCAAUCGCCUUUCUGGAUGAUGAGUCUUCCGACUACCAAAUCACCCUGUCCCGUUUGAUCAAGCAAAAGAUUAACUUCAUUUCUGAGCUAAACACCAAAGUGUACAACUUUUCCAACACUAUCAAACCGGACAUUCAUUUUACACCGAUCGAAAUAAGCCUUACCAGUGGCAACUAUCCCGAACUACAGCAAACACUGCUAGCACUCGAGCAACAGCUAACGGACGUCUUUGCACAGUAUCGCGAGCUGUACGUGCGUUUCAGCAAACAGAAACUGCACCUCGAGCAACAGGUGUCCGAUGUGCGGGUGACGAUCGCACCGCUUGAAUCGAAAAUAGCCAAAUUAACCGAUCGGUUGCAGCAUCUUCAGCAGCAGCGUGAAACGAUCGUACAGGAGCUUGGUGCUUUAGCGGAACGGGUAAACGAUCGCGAUACAGAGCGUCAGCGAACGAACGAGCUCGAUGCGUGUGUGGAGAAGGUUCGCACUCAGCUGGAAAACAAUCGGAAAGCAAUCGAAAAGCUAAUGCACGAAAAGCAUCAGCUCAUGGAGGAGGGCCUAGAACAGUGCCGGCAAGCGCUUGAGGAAAGACACCGGAAGAUGGCCAAUUACCGGGAGUACGUUGAAAGCUGCGAAAACAUCAUGAAACAGCUGGUGGACGUUUGUUCCAAGAAGGUGGAGCAGGAAUACGAAUCGAAUUAG